ACGUCAUCCGUCCGUUUUACGCGCGCAACUGUUGGUAGUAGAUUCUCUCUCCUCUCUCCCUCUUCAUUCAGCGCCGCCAGUGCCUUCCCUGUGUGAGAUAGUGUACGGGGAACGUGUAGGUGAUUGGCUGCUUGCUACAGGGUUACCUGGCUGAUGUAGCUGUGGUAUUACAGGUGAAACAUGGAAAAAUAUAGCCAGGAUUUUGGAUUUUACUGUAAGAAAGAACCUCUUUCGCUUGUUGCUGGAAAGAUACUGACAGCUCUGCAUUCCAGUCAUACAGCGAACAUUUCAGAAAUACCUAGCAACAAUAGAUUCUCCAUAGGAGAUUAUGUGACGAAUGAUAAGGAGUGUGAGGGAACUGAAGCUAGAUAUAGCAUAUUCAGAAGUGGAAACCCAGCCAGGAUCACCCAGCUAGGACCAAAGAUACCAACUGCAUCACCCCAGCUGUCUGCUGUUACUGCAUUGCUAGAAAAGAAUGAAAUUGCCUCAUUAUCGGUGACUACUAGUGUUUCUACUGGCAGUGUAAUUAAUCAAGAUCGUAUCCAAUUGUUGGCUGCCCCUUUAGUUACACAGGAUGAACCAAUUCAGAAACCGGGAACUAAUAUUUCAGUACUGGAUGACAUAAGCUAUGAAAAACCUACAUGUGCUACACGUAAACUAAAAUGUUCUGUGUCUCCAAAGCCGAAGUUGUGUAUUCUAGAAAAGAAAGUCACGAGAAAAUUGUCAGGGAAGCAGCACAACAUUGUUAAAAGUGAUGAGAUACAGUUGUAUAAUAUUUGGUCCAUGAGUUUGGAGCAGCAGUGCACAUUACUUGAAGAUAGCAAUAAAACUAAGGCCAUCAUUCUUACAAUGGUGUUUCAGAAAGGUUCUUCCCUGCUAUAUCCACCCAAGGAUUCAAAUACGUUGUUAAGUGGAAUUCUUAUAUUAGUCAAAAGGCACAGUGACGUUGAAUCUGUGAAUCCAAGUGAGUCUAACAUUUAUGAUAAAGAAGAUAUAUAUAUUUUCAUGGACAUAACAGACACUGCUUUGCUGAGAGAAAACCAAGAACAAUAUAACUUUUUAAGAAAAGUACUCCUACUAAUAUUGCAAAGAAAGACUCCAGUGAUUUGCUUCAAUGCAAAAGAUCUUCUUCGAACAAUUGUUCGCAUUUAUGGGAACUGGAAAAAAGUUUCACAGUGUGUUAUCUUUGACCCAAGAAUAGCAGCAUGGCUUUUGAAUCCAUCUGAUUGUAAUCUAUCAUUUGAAGAAUUAGUGAAAAUACAUUGUGAAAGAGUGGACCUGAAGACUACAUACAAUUCUUCACACACUCAGCAUCAUAUCACUUGCAAGAGAUUGAAUAUAUUGUAUCAUCUGAUGGUGAAACUACAGCAUAAACUUCAGUCAGAAGAGCUAUGGGAUUUGUUUUGCACCAUUGAACUUCCACUUACCACUAUUUUGGCAGUAAUGGAAAACAAUACUAUUCAAGUAAAUGAAGAGGAGCUGAAGAAGACAUCAGUACUACUAGGGAUUCAUCUUAAAGAACUGGAGCGAGAAGCACACCAUGCUGCAGGAGAGAAGUUCAGAUUAACCAGCAGUAAUGAACUUAGACAGGUGCUUUUUGAAAAGUUGAACUUACACCUGCGGUGUAAAAGCAAGCUUCCUCGGACAAGCUCGUGCCAUUUACCAUCAACAGCUGAGCCCACGUUGCAUCAACUUGAAGAUCUGCAUCCACUGCCCAGAAUUAUUUUACAGUUCAGACAAGUACAAAAAAUAAAAUCAACAUUUGUCGAUGGACUUUCAUCAUAUAUCUCCAAGGGCUGUGUGUCUCCCACCUGGAAUCAGACUGGUACUGUUAGUGGCAGGCUUUCAGCAAAGCAUCCUAACAUCCAAGGUGUUUCAAAGCUUUCUAUUCAGUUCGAAAAGAAACAAUAUGUACAAGGAAAAGCCAAAGAAAUUGUGACCAUUAAUCCAAGAUCUAUGUUUAUAUCUGCCAAAGGUCAUACUUUCCUUGCAGCAGAUUUUUCACAAAUAGAACUUCGUUUGCUUGCUCACUUUUCCUCUGAUCCUGAACUUUUACAAUUAUUUAACAAAAUGGAAACAACUGAUAUCUUUACAAGUAUGGCUUCUCAGUGGAAGAAUGUAGAAUAUAAAAAUAUAACCCAAGCUGAUCGAGAGCAAGCUAAACGGGUAGUCUACUCGGUGAUCUAUGGAGUAGGAAAAGAACGUCUUUCACAGUGUCUGGGUACAACACGAGCUGAAGCUAAUGCAUUUAUGGAACAUUUUCUGCAAAAAUACAGUGUGUCAGAUUUUACACAGAAAGUUAUAGACCAGUGCCACCGGAAAGGACUUGUGGUUUCACUCAUGGGACGCAAAAGACCUCUUCCACAUAUUAAUUCAAAAAACUACAGCUUAAGAGCCCAGGCAGAAAGACAGGCUGUCAAUUUUGUCAUCCAAGGAUCGGCAGCUGACCUUUGCAAACUGGCAAUGAUUACAAUUUCAUCAUCAAUCACAUCUUCUUCUAGUUUAACACCCAGGAUUAUUGCACAGAUUCAUGACGAACUGUUAUUUGAAGUUGAGGAUUCUCAAAUCCAAGAAUUUGCAGCACUUGUUAAACACAUCAUGGAAUCUUUACAACAUGCUAGUGGCGUUGGAUUAAAGGUCCCUUUGAAAGUGACUUUAUCCUGUGGAAAAUCCUGGGGAUGCAUGACUGAGCAUCAAGUGAAGUAGAACAGCGCCCUACAGGACUGUUAUUUAGUAACCACAUAAUCCCCCCUCCUCCAGAUCCGCACUGAUUCUUUUGUGAAUCGCUAAGCAACCGCUUGGCUGCAUUUUUCAUCAGCACCUAAUACCCAACAUGUAAAUUUAUCUUACAUCAUUCUGUCUGUAGCCCUAGGCAACCGCAGUGGGACAAGACUGGUUCAUACCAGCUCAUUGUACUUAUUUUAGCCACGGUACCCAGCAGAGAGCUGCAGGUUUUAAUUUCUUCCUUGUAAUGCUUAAUCUAUAUUGUGUUUUCUCACUCAGACAUAUGUUCCAAAUAUACUUUAUCACAGUCAUCACAGGUACAAUCACACUGUGCACAAAUACAGCUCCGUUGAGAUGUAAUUCCCUCUGUCUGAAUGAAAUAGCUAGUACUGUUUUUCCCCUUUGCUUGACUUAUUUGUUUCAAUUAAAAUAGUUAGAGGUUGGAUGUCUUAAUUUACAUAGUUACUAUUAUGCUUUAUUGUAUGGUGCAUUCUAAUAUAUAAUGCAAUAUAUAUUAUUAUUUUGUCAUCACAUCACCCUCAUCUGUGACUCUUUAUUUCCCCCCUACUGAUGACCAUACCUAUUGGAAGGUACAUACAUGGAAGGUAUUUCAGAUGACUGUCUAUAAUGUACAAAAUAUAAAUAAAAUAUUCAUACAGAAGGCAUUACUGACCGGUACACAUUGGAAUGGGAAUAUCUGGACAUUGUGUAUAUAAGUAUGUAGUAAUUGUACUUUCUAUUAAUGCUCAGUAGCUAGGAGGUAAAGCAUUGAUAGCACACAUAAAAUAUCACACUGUUUUAUAUCAUGUACAUCUGUCAGAUUGCCAUCUGUCAUAAGUCAUCUGUCAGAUUGCCGGUCAGAAAAGUAGCCAAAAGGGGGAACUGGAACAAUAGAUUUAAUCUUUGCCUGUUAACGUUCUGUAUGUUGUUUAAUCACAACAAACAUUUAUUCUUACUAGUUCACACACAAUGCAGCUUUUUCAGAUUGUUAUUGUAUUUAUGUUGCAGUGUGGUGACAUUUAGUUGCCGUUGUUGUUUUCAUCUGAGCACUCACUUUAGGGGUUUCCAACACAAUGUUUCCUUCCUCAUACACAGUAUGUUAAUGUUUACCAAGUGCUUUGAAGUACAGCAUUUCCUAGCAUUAACAUAGUAGUUCCUGGAUAAAGAACAUUUACAAUUUAGAUGUAGGUUCUAUCAUUAUUAAUGCUUCCCCAUCAUUUGAUUUAUGUGUUCUGCUUUUUAUAGCACAUUCUUAUUUGCAGUUCUUAGAACAACCUGUAUUCAUUUGUGUUUAUUGCAUCUAUACCGGUGUUUCCCAUACUCUGUCCUCAGGGACCCCUAACAAUUCACAUUUUCCAGGUCACCUGUGGAUUUUUAAAAGUAACAGUUGGUGAUAGCGCACCUGCCGGGUGACCUGGAAAAUGUGACCUGUGUGGGCUUCUGAGGACCGAGUUUAGGAACCACUUAUGUAUACAAUAACUUUUUUGUACUAAUUCAUCCCCCAAAUUAGUGUAGCAAGCCCUAGUGUUGCAUAUUUUCUAAUUGUGUCAGAUAAAGCUUUUGUCGUACAUUUGUUAAAUAUGUAUUGCUCUUUACUACUCAGUAAAAGGUGAUUUCAGAUAAGUG